UCCUGGCCGCCCAGCUGAGAGGAGGGGAAGCAGAGGGCUGAGGCCCACCUCUAGCUCCCGUCAGUUUCACAGCGCGGCUCCCUUGGCUCCAGCCGGGAUGUGGCUCUUCCACACUCUGCUCUACAUGACCAGCCUGUCUCCCUUGGUGGGCUUCAAUGUGGAUGUGGCCCAGACCUGGGUCACGCCAGAGGGCGCGCCUUUUGUGCUCAGCUCCCUUCUGCAUCAAGACACCAGCACCAACCAGACCUGGCUACUCGUCACCAGCCCUAGAGCCAAUGGGUCAGCAGGGCCCCUGCAUCGAUGUUCCCUCAUCCUGGGUGAGAUCCUCUGUCAGCCAGUAGAGCAUGGCCUCAUCCCAAAAGGGAGACAUCAAGGAGUGACGGUUGUCCGGAACCACCAUGGUGUUUUGAUUUGCAUUCAAGAAAAAACCCGGAAGUCCCACAGCCUCAGCCCAGAGCUCACAGGGACCUGCAGCCUACUGGCUCCCAACUUCUACCCCCGGGCCCAGGCCUACUUCAUCGACCUUGAAAAUCUCCUGGACCCAGAUGUACAUGUGGAUGCUGGAGACUGCUACAGGAACAAAAAAAGCAGCAUAGAGGGGAAUGAGAACUCAGCCAGGUGGCGCCGGGCACUGGAGGAGGUUGAAGAGGAGGAAGAGGAAGCUGGCACUGAGAUCGCCAUUAUCUUGGAUGGCUCAGGAAGCAUUGAUCCCCCAGACUUCCAGAAAGCCAAAGACUUUAUCUCCAACAUGAUGAGGACCAUCUAUGACAAGUGCUUUGAGUGCAGCUUUGCCCUGGUGCAAUAUGGGGGAGUGAUCCAGACUGAGUUUGAUCUUCGGGACAGCCAGGAUGUGAUGGCCUCCCUUGCCAGAGUCCAGAACAUCAUUCAAGUAAAGAAUGUCACCAAGACGGCCUCAGCCAUGCAGCACGUCCUAGACAACAUCUUCACACCAAGCCAUGGCUCCAGAAAAAAGGCAGCCAAGGUCAUGGUGGUGCUCACCGAUGGGGACGUAUUCCAGGACCCCCUCAACCUCACAACUGUCAUCAACUCCCCAAAGAUGCAGGGUGUUGAACGCUUUGCCAUCGGGGUGGGGGAUGCGUUUAAUAAGGAACAGUCUGACAGAGAACUGAAGCUGAUCGCCUCAGACCCCGAUGAGACUCAUGCCUUCAAGGUGACCAACUACACGGCACUGGGUGGGCUGCUGAGCAAACUGCAGCAAAGUAUCAUCCACACGGAAGGUGCGAGCGGAGAUGCCCUUCACUUCCAGCUGGCACAGACUGGGUUCAGCGCCCAGAUCCUGGAUGAGGAGCAGGUGCUGCUUGGCGCAGUCGGUGCCUUUGACUGGUCGGGGGGCGCGCUGCUCUACGACACACGCAGCCGUCGGGGUCGCUUCCUGAGGCAGAGGAUGGUGGACACCAAGGCUGCGCAGUACAGCUACCUGGGUUACUCGCUGGCGGUGCUGCACAGGGCCUGUGGUCGCUCCUUUGUGGCGGGUGCUCCACGGCACAAACAGCACGGCGCUGUGUUUGAGCUCCAGAAGGAAGGCACAGAGGCCAUCUUCCUUCCAGUGCUGGAGGGAGAGCAGAUGGGGUCCUAUUUUGGCGCUGAGCUGUGCCCUGUGGACAUCGACAUGGAUGGGACCACGGACUUCUUGCUGGUGGCGGCUCCAUUUUACCAUGUUCACUGGGAAGAAGGCAGAGUCUACUUGUACCGCUUGAAUCAGCAGCAUGGCUCCUUCUCCUUGGCACACACACUGAGGGGGCACCCCGAGUUCACCAAUGCCCGAUUUGGCUUUGCCAUGGCGGUUGUAGGCGACAUCAGUCAGGAUAAGCUCACAGAUGUGGCCAUUGGGGCCCCCCUGGAGGGGGCUGACGAUGGUGUCAGCUUCGGCAGCAUGUACAUCUACAAUGGACGCCAGGACGGCCUCUCCGCCAGCCCUUCGCAGAGAAUCAGUGCCUCUGCGGUGGGCCCAGGACUCCACUACUUCGGCAUGUCCCUGGCCGGUGGCUUCGAUUUCAGUGGCGACGGCCUUGCUGACAUCACCGUGGGCACUCUGGGCCGGGCGGUUGUGCUGCGCUCAAGACCUGUGGUUCACCUGAAGGUGUCUGUGAACUUCAGCCCGGAGGCACUGCCCAUUGGCUUCAACGGCAGUGUGAAUGUGCAUUUGUGCUUUGAAAUCAGCUCUGGGACCCCAGCCACUGAGACAGGCCUCCGAGAGACAUCUCUUAACUUCACAUUGGAUGUGGAUGUGAUGAAGCAGAGGAAGAGGCUGCAGUGUUUGGAUGUGAAAACUUGUCUGAGCACUUUUAAGGAGUGGAGCAAUGGGUCCCGUCUCUGCGAGCGCUUCCAGCUCCUCCCCACGGAGGGAGAGCUCUAUGAGGAGGAUCGCUUCUCCAACAUCAGUGUCAAGGUCAGCUACCAACUCCAGACCCCCAAGACCCACAGGGACCAUCUCUAUCCCAUCCUGGACCUCUACACUGAACCCUCUGCCAUCUUCCAGCUGCCCUACGAGAAGGCCUGCAAGGAUAAGCUGUUUUGUGAAGCUAAGUUACAGUUGACCACCACCAUCUCUCAGGAGGAAUUGGUGGUAGGUCUCACCAAGGAGCUGACUAUGAACAUGAAUGUAACUAACGCUGGGGAAGAUUCCUACAUGACAAACCUGACUUUGACAUACCCCAGAAACUUACAGUUUAAAAGGAUACAAAAGCCUCCCUCUCCAAAUAUUCAGUGUGAUGACCCUAAGCCAGUUGCAUCUAUCCUGGUCAUGAACUGCAAGAUCGGUCACCCCAUAUUCAAGAGGUCGUCUGCAGACAUUUUGGUAGUUUGGCAGCUGGAGGAGAAAGCCUUUCCCAACAGGACAGCAGACAUCACUGUGACGAUCACCAAUUCCAAUGAAAGAAGUUCUUUGCCUUUGCCUGGUAAGACCACCCUUCGAUUCAAGCAUGCCUUCAUUGCAGUUCUCACCAAACCAUCGGUGAUGUACAUGCUCACAAGCCAGAGGCUUUCUGACCACAAAGAAUUCCUCUUCAAUAUACAUGGGGAAAAUCUCUUUGAAGCCAAAUUCCAGUUGCAAAUUUGUGUUCCAAUCAAAAUACAAGGGUUUCAGGUUGUAAGAGUGAUCAACCUGACAAAGACUCAGGCCUACACUGCGUGCGCUCAGAGUCAGGAGCGCGUUUGUGGAAGCGACCCGGUUCAGCACGUGGAAGAAUGGCAUUCGGUGAACUGCACCAUCACUUCGGAUAAAGAGAAUGUAACCGUGGCUGCAGAGCUCUCCUUCAAUCAGUCUGCGCAGUUACUAAGAGAUGUGACUGAACUGCAGAUCCUUGGUGAAAUAUCUUUCAACAGAUCUCUGUAUGAGGGGCUGAAUGCAGAGAACCACAGAACUAAGAUCACUGUUGUCCUUCUGAAAGAUGAGAAGUACCAUCUUCUGCCCGUCAUCAUUGGAAGCAGCGUUGGUGGCCUUCUGGUUUUGACUAUGAUUAUAGUCAUCCUAUUCAAGUGUGGCUUUUUUAAAAGAAAAUAUCAGCAAUUGAACUUGGAAAGCAUGAGGAGGGCCCAGCUGAAAUCAGAGGAUCUGUUUACAGAAGAAGAUUCGGAGCUGCUUCCUCAUCCUUUGGGAGAAACCAGUAGCAGACCCUAGAACUUCUAGAGACCCAGUGCCAUAUUGAUCACUUUUUCCCUUCAGGAUUACCUAGAGCAGCAUUUCACAAAUUGUAUGUAGAAUAUUGUUUUCAACCAUGCACUGUCCAAAAAGUGGCUGUGCCUUGGAAAACUUGGGAAACAUUUGGUUUCAAAUAAAGUUAAACUGUUUUUGUAUAACAA